GUAUUAAAGUGGUGAGAAUACGAUGUAAAUAUGUCAUCUGGACGUCCUGUCAGGAUGGAACAUGGAGAUCUUCUUAACUUCACACAGAAAGGAUUCAAACUUCUAACCUUUGGAAACUUUAGACUUUUAAACUGUUGCAUAUUUGAAUAAGAAAAAUAGUUUGGUGAACCACCGUCCUCUCAGCACAACGAUGAAGAGAGAGAACAACAACCUGGUAGAGGAAGAGGGCGGUCUUUAUUCUUCGUCUCCAGCCAGAGAUGAAAAGCAUCAAAUGAGUGAGAGAAGAAUGGAGGAAACACCACAGAGUCUGCUGCUUUGUCUGAGUUUCCUGCUGUGCUGCAGAAUAAACCAAGCUGGUCUGACUGUGAGUCCCAGUAGAUCUCAGUUCUUUGAAGGAGACUCUGUGUCUCUGAGCUGUGAGGAGGACAACAUCUCUGCUGGAUGGACUGUGAGGAGAAACACAGCCAAACGUCAGUCUGAGUGUAAAGAUGGAUGGGGGAAACCAGCUGGUUCCUCCUGUAACAUCAGCAGCCUCUAUGAACAUGAUACUGGAGUGUACUGGUGUGAGUCCAGAGAGGGAGCAGCCAGCAGCAGCAUCCAGUUCACUGUCUCUGGUGGAUCAGUGAUCCUGCAGAGUCCUGUCCUCCCUGUGAUGGAGGGAGAUGACGUCACUCUGAGCUGUCAAACAAAGACUUCCUCCAACCUCCCAGCUGCUUUCAUUAAAGAUGGCUCCCUCAUCAGGACUGAGCCUGCAGGUCACAUGACCCUCCACCAUGUGACCAGCUCUGAUGAAGGUCUCUACAAGUGUAACAUCAGUGGUCAUGGAGAGUCUCCAUCCAGCUGGAUCUCUGUCUCAGUGAAACUCACCACCACCACUUGCACCACCUCCAUCCCUCCAACCACUCCUCCUCCUGCCUCCUCAUCAUCUCUUCUUUCCAUCUUGUUGCCUCUUGCAUCUUUAUGUGUUGUGUUUCUACUGGUGUUACUGGUUCUACUGGUGAAGAGACAUCAUCACAAGUCAAAAGCUGGUAAAGGAGACGACAUCACGUACAGCGACGUCCAAAUAACUCAUCUUCAGCAACAGAAAGUCAAACCCAGCAGAGAUGGGCUGGAAACCUUCUCUCAGUUCUUCAGGACAGAGUUCAGAGAGGAAAGCCUCAAGUUCUGGUCGGCCUAUGAAUACAGAACCACUGAUCCAGGAACAAAGCUGCUGUCCAAAGCCAAAUAUAUUUCUACAGUCUUUAUGGAAUCAGAGGCCCCAUAAACAGAUUAAAGAGAAAAGCUGAAGAAAAGUCUGACAUAUUUUUCACCAUGUGAGGUUUUACUUCAUGCAGAGCAGCAAUGCAUCAUCUGGGGUCUGGUUGACAUGAGAUACCAUGAUAUGUGGUGGAGAGGAGGCUGGUAGCUGCUUUUAGAUCCCAGUUUGUCACAUUUACAAAUGAGUCUGUUUUGUUUUCAUUAUAGAAUCUAGCUAAAGUGUUUCAUUCAUUUAGUUUCAGAUUAUUUGUUAUAUGCCAAACCACAACCUCUGAAUGUGUGAUCAUGUGACUUUUUCUGUGGCAUUACUUCUCAGGUUGAAGUGUGCUUCCACCUAGUGGUUAUACUGUGUAUUACAACAGCACAAAGACUAAAAACCCUCAUCUUUUUAAAAAACGAAAUGAAUGAAUCAGUAUUUUAAUGUGGCCGUGUCUGGAUGUGUUGGUUAAAGACGGGCUGCAGCGUUCUGGACCGGCUGAAGGAGAGCAGGGCUUGGCACACACCAACAUGAAGAGCUUCACAACAAUCAAGUCCUGAACUGAUGGAAGCAUGAAAGGCUUUUCCAGGUCGCAGCGACUAAGAAGAGGUUAAACUUUGACCUGGAGAUGAAGCUGGAGCAGCUUCCAAGCAGCCGUCCAAAUGAACUCUCAGACUUUUUACUUUCUGUUAGAAAGAUGAAGAUAAAGAACCAAAACAUCACACUGACCUCUGACUAUCUAGUUGUUAUAUUCUAUAAUAAACCAGAUACUUCUAUUUGUUUUUAUCUUAUUAUAAAUGUAUUGACUCAUAAUUCAGUGAAAUUUCACCAAGUAAAGAACAACACUUUCACUUUC